AUGUCGAGUUUUCUCGUGGCGCUGAGCAAAAUGUGCGAGCAACGGGGCUCCCCCGUCGUUGUGGCUGGACUCUGUUCUGGAGUAAACAGCGACCCGCGGGAAAUCGGCCCUGUCGUCCGUGCGGCCAAAACGUUCUUGAACGUCUUGAAUACCCCGCACAGCGUCUCUGCUGGCGUCCCUCAACUGACUUCUGCCGCUGACGCUGGCGGGUUGCCGCGGCUGGAGUUGAGACUACUGGAAGUUCUAGUGCGGGUGGAGAGCGAUGUUCACGGCAACGUGCGGUACGCCUGCCACCACAUACGCAGGAUUCAGCGCCUGCAAGAGACUAUCAGGGCACACACUCUUUGCGCAGUGGAGAGGCGGCGAUGGAUGAAAAGAACGCGCCGGCUGACUACAGUGACGUACCCACAUCUUAGUGGCGCCCCCUACGAGGACGAGGAGGCGUUCAAGCGCGUCCUGCGGUCCCUGUACGGCGGGGAACAGGUGUUUGGGCCCACAAACAAGCUUCGCUACGACCUCACAGUUGCGCUGCCGUUUUCUCUUAAUAAUUCUCCUCACCAAUUUCGCAGAAUUAUUGAGAAAAAACUGCAACUGAAGGCAACCCGUCAUGUGAGACAUUUGACACCCUCGCCAAAGUGA